CCGGUCACCAUUGUCACUGUUACACAACACCAUGAGGACUUUAUUUUUCUGGCUGUCACUGUCCUUUUUCUUUGCUUCUCUCUAUGGAAGCCCCACGGAUUGCAAUGAAGGAUAUGAUAUUCCAACUGACUUGACAAAGGUAAACGGUCUGUGGAAUGUAAAGGUUAUUGCUGCCUUCAAAGAAGCUGAAUCGGUGAAUGUAAUAAAUUAUCUGUAUGCAGAAGUAUCUGUCACUGAGACUGAAGCAAAUAUAACGUCCAGCAAUCCGAUCUACAAUUUAGAAUUGGAGACCACCAGAAACAGGAGAAUAGAUGAUCAGAAAUUAUCCUUAUCUUAUAUGGUUAGAUCAACCGAAGGAGAAGUUUAUACUUUAAAAUUUUGGCAAUCCAAUCCAGAAAGUUUGAUAGCAAUCCAGGAUUUGGAUAAUGAAACUAAAGUGGCUUUUUUAUACAGCCGAGGGACAUCCCUGCCAGAGUCCGAGGUCGAACAUUUUAAAAAAUGGAGCAACUGCAAAAAACUUGUCUUCCUGAGGGAGUUUGAGAUUGGUGUGAAUUAUGCUCUGGAAUGCCACGGACUCUUUGAACACUCAACGCAUUUGGAUGACAUUGUGGAUAAAGCCACAUGGGGGCUGGUUGCAAAAUCUUCCAGCAUUGUUGAUAUCAAUUAUCUAAAGAGGAUCCUGUAUGAAGGAAAGCUGGAAAUCAGCAAGACGGGAGACGUGUAUAGUGUUCUUGAAAUCCUGACUCUGCCAGGAGGUACUCACCUGUCUGAAAAGAAAUACACCAAAGGAGAGAAAGACUCUGAUGUUUCAAUAUCAACAUAUAAGACUGAGGAAGGUUUAUUGGUUGUUGGAGUCAGGUCUAAGGAUUUUCGAACGCUUUUCCUGGCAUCUAAGUCAUCUAAAGCUAAACAGUCAGUGCUGGAGAAAUUCGAGAGGCAGGCGCAGUGCUUUGAAACAAAUCAUAUUUAUCAUAUUCCUGGCAGCAAAAUACCCGAAAAUGAAAAAGAAGCUUGUACCAAAGUCUUCGAUCAAUUAUUGCCAGUGAUCCUGAAAGAGUCCAUAGGUAAAUGGAGUCUGACCAUUUCCGCCUAUGAGAAGAAAGAUCCUACUCUCUCUGAUGUUUUGCUCGAUUACGCAUGGAUGGAAAUAGACUUUGAGAAUGGUAGACCACACAUGUCCUAUGUAUCCAUAAAUGAAGGGUCCUUAUUCCGGAUGGGGAGGGAUAAUAUUGAACUGGAAGACACCAACGGUUUGGUAACAUUUAAAGAUAGAAGCACAUCGCUCAGAUCCACCAUGUACCGUGUGAGCGCAGACUGUAUCAUGUUCUCCACCCUAUCCCAUAACAACCCAGAUGGAAUGGUUUUCCUAUUCUGUCGUUCUACCCAGGUUCCGGGCGUUGACAUUAAGAAGUUUGUUGAUUAUGCAUUCUGCAUGAAAUUGAACUACAUAGUGAUAAGGAAACACUCCUCACUGGGCUGCUUAGAUUUACCACACGAAAUACAGAUACUGGAAGACCAGAAGAUUGCUGGAAAAUGGAAUGUUGUUGCCGUGGCAUCUAGUAUAAUGACAGGUGAACAUGAUCUAAGCCCUGAGAUGCACUUUAAUGUGCUAGACGAGAAGAUCACAGUCACUGGCAGGAAUAGUACGCUCACAGUGGACCGAAAAGAAGGGAACAGACUGCACUACACUGCAGAUGGCGCUGUGAUGGAAUUUAGAUUUUAUGAACUAACUGAAGAUCUUCUGAUAGCUUGGAAUGGGAGCCCCACCUCCCAUCAGAUCUUUCUGACCUUAUUGUCCAAAUCUGAUCGUGUGGACUCAGCGGACAUUGAUAGAUUCAAACAUUUUGCAUCCUGUUUGACGGUUCCUGUGGUGUUUAUAAAGGAAUAAUGGACAAAGUUGCCUACAGACUGAGAAAGACUUGAAAUGUGGUCACCCAACCAGUGCAUUGCCCCGCAGCCGGUGUCCGACUAUCUAACCAGAAUUGGAUUCAAAUAAAUAGAAACAUUACACAGUAACUGGGUCUUCUUUGUCUAGAGAGACACAGUGUAUCGAGUGCUAAUUUUCCUUUCUGAUUCUACUAAAACUGACCUAAAGGGGGCGUAGCAUUCACUGUUUGUAGCUCUUUAUAUGCCGGAUUAGCACACAGUCUCCUCUAAAUCCA